GGAAAAGAUAAUAGUUCUGGCCAGAAGCCAGCAGCCAACAGACACUCAAGAUCACUUCGAAUGGAGCGAGGACAUCAUGUCACAGACAACAUCCCUAAUAGAACCCAGUCAGUUGGUGCAGCUGCGGCAUCUCGCAUCAGAUCAUCAUCUGCACUAGGACACCAAAGCCCGGCACAGCUGGAGAGAAAACAUUCACAAAUAAUACGUAGACAAUCUGGAAUUUUAAGAUCCAAGCCUUCAAUCAAAACCCCAAGGAUAGAUCACACCACUAGCUUGUUUAGUAAAUUAUUGUCAGCACUGAGGUAAGAUUCUUACUUUCCUUAGUUAAGGUGUUCACAAUGUUAUUAUUUUGUCGCAUCUAUAACCAGGGCUCAAAAUAAUUUCCAGAGAGUCUCCGGGCACGAUGACUGGUCAAAUUCAUCUUAGCUCAGUCACGUAUUGUUUCUAGCCGGUCAAAUUUAAAAGGUAAAUAGCUCUUAAAACAAGGGCCCUUGAACCAAAACUGGGGUUAUAUAUUUUCAAAAAACAGCUUCUGAUAUUUGGCAGGGUUAUGGAGCUGGAAAAACCCACAAAAUUUGCGUUAGAAAUCUUAUCAAGUACAUGUUGAUACAACUUAUUUGAAACUUAUCUUAGCUAUUUGGGCUGUUUAAAUUGCGUAAACUUCAUUACCACAAUGAGCGAACAAUGUUCCAAAACUACGAGGCUAAAAUUAUGUUGGAAAAAAAAUUUGUGCAAAAUUCCUGUGAAAUUGGCCAAUUUUUCUGUGAAUCUAACUCUGAAAAUCCCACGAAACUUGCCCUUUUUUCCGCGACCUAUCAGAAGCCCUGAAAACAGUCGCUGCUUAACUAAUAAAAGUGAAAAUAUUUUUAUUUUUGUGAUGGAAGUGUGUGAACCCCAAUGUCUGUUUCAAUGCAUGGGUUGUAAACAACAGUACUAGUUGCAUUUCACCCCGGAUUUCAGAUCAAAGUUCUGCAAUACACAUACAUACUGAUAAAACAACUGACACAUAACUGAACAGCAUGGAAAUUUUAAUUUAUAUCAUUCUCAAUGCGAUCCAAUGCUGUUACUGGUCAACAUGACCGGCAAGACAAAAGGUUGACUGGUCAACUCCCCAAUCAGUCCGGACAUUGUCUGUCGACUGGUAUUUAUUUCGAGCACUCAGGUAACAAAACUUAAUUAUUUUACUGCAAAUGCCCUCUUUCUUGAGGUACAUCUAACUCAAUGCAAAAAAUAUCUAUUAUGAAAAUAAAAUAUUGUCAUUAUAGCUCUGAGUACCUUAAGAAAUUAAGGUGGCUUGAUUGGACACUAUUUUUGUACACACACCUUCCAUUCAACAGCAUAAUCAGAUUGACUUUUAUUGUAAAUCUAAGUGUAUUUAUAACACAUGGAUAUUAAGACUGUUUUUUCAUCUCUGCAGUGAUUAUGGCAAGCAUCUUGAAGAUGCACUGAGUACUGUAGAACCCAAGGUAAAUAUUGAUCAUAGUGUAAAAUAAUUAAUUAACAGCUAGCCGCCAGAGGAAAACCCUUCACUCCUUUUGCUCCUUAUAUAUAGUGGCCCCCCAAAAAUAUACCAGUAAAUUCAAUUUUCCUCUUGAAAAAUCAUACAAAAUAAAAAGUACACCUGUACUAUGCUGUUUUGCAUUUGAAUGGGCAACUCCAUGAUUCAUAAGUUGGAGGGACAAAUAAGCACGCCAUAACAUUGGUCUAGAGGUAACUAUUAUUAAUCAUGACGACCAUAUUUGAUGGGGAAGCAUAGAUAAGGUGAACAUGAUGUACAGGCUGGUGAAUUUAUUUUUAGUAUAAUGCUUUGCACAAUAUUAUUGUUUGGCAAGUGCAUGGUAGGUACAUGUUCAUUUAAGCAAUUGAUUGUCCUGGCUUAACCCUUUGUGCGUUUCCCUAACCACAUGUAUGUAGUUUGUGAAGGGUUCUCCUGUAAAUUGUGCAUCAUCAGCAAAAUUAACUGACUAAUGAUGCAGCUUGGUGUUAUUAGAUUAUUGGUGCACUCAGUACUUAAGAUAGUGGUGUUGUUUUACUUCUCAGAGAAAGAGAAUUGUUGAGGAGAGAAUAAAGUAAGUAUGACUUAGUAUAGAACAUCCUUAACCCUUUCACUAAAAAAAUGUGGCUAAAAUCAACAUUUCACAAAAAAUUUAAGAUUUCAGUUUGUAACAUUCAGAUUAAAACAAAGUGUUCUAUAAAAUGUAAAGAAGUUUAUCGCAGUUGAAGAUAUAACUUAUGCAGUUGCCAAAAGAAGACCUGAAAAUUUAGGCUUGCCAGAAUAAUUCAAACCCUGACUGGCUCUGCAACACUGGUGCAGUGCUCUAACUAAUAAUAUUAUUGAGCUAGCAAGCCAGCUGGGGUCAUUGCACCUAUGUAACUAUGUGAAAAUUCUGCUAAAGAGGAUUUAAAUGGUCACACCAUAGGAUUUUCUACAGACUCAAAAGUUAGGAGCAUCUCCCAAGUUUCCAGUAUUCACUCUGGCAGUGAAAUUUUCAUAAGGUCAUGAUGGUAAUAUAUGGCAACAGAAAGAUUACUUAAAUAAAACUGAGUUCUUGCUGUUUAAAACUUCACCACUAUAAUUCCAUCUCUUGAAAUUUGUCAAAUCAGGCUUGGGAAUUUUUCUGAGGGUUAAAUUGCUAAGGACUGUCUCCAAUUUCAGAAGUUCACAUGAAUUUUUCGUAGUUGUGAAAAAGUAGUAAAUGUUCUAAGAAGUGUGGAGCAUUGCAAAAUUGUUGUUUACUUGUUAAAGCUGUUGCUUUUGUGAUGCUCUCAUUGCUGUCACCAUUGUUAGGGUUACAUUACCUCCCUAUAUGAAAUGGGCAAUUCCAGAAAAUAUCCAUACCAUACCAAGGACGGCUUCCAUAUUUUAACCUCCCCUUGCCCUCAGAAUUUGCAAAAUGGGUUAUCCCCCAUGCGCUUGGAAUUCCAUAAUUAAUUAUAAUUGUUAAUUUAAAUCCAUUUUUUCGCAAACCCCCCAUUUUGAUGAUUAAAUCCAUUUUUUCGUCAAACCCUAUUUAAUUCCUGACAGUGUUUGUAAAUAUACCCAAUUUGGCUUAUUUUGCACCAAGAUAUUUCAAAUGACUCCACUUCUGAACUUCAGUAGAGCUGGUUACAGAAGGAGUCAAUUCUGGAAAGAAAAUUUAACUCCUUCUACAACAUCCAUUAACUUACAUUGCUGCAAACUGGUACAGAAGAUAAUUGAAAUAAGAAUAUCUUCUUAUGAAUGUGUGUACACUCAGAAGAUAUUACGGUCAAGUGUAUUGUUAUUUCUACCAUCUUGAAUUUGAGCCUUCGGGGUCAGCAGUAGCUCCCAAUCCCAGGAGCUUCAAAAAUAAUUUAUUGAAAUGGCUUCUUCGGUUAAAAAACCAUGUUUCGCAUUGAAUGGACAAAAUAAUUUCUGAGGCUGUUUUCACAAGAGAAAAAAAGAUGUUUUGUAGCAUUAAGGCCUCUGGAUGAGGCGCAUGUUCUACAGGUGAACACGAACACAUGGCUGAUUGAUGGAUGCUUGCCUUCCGGUUGCCUUGUAUCCUGCUUGCGUGGUUAUCAGCAGUGUCAUCAUUUGAAUUGAUUUUAAAAGUCCUUAAAAUAAGUAUGUUGCCAGUGGAAAUUCCAGAUCUAAAGCCACUUCAUGCCUUUGGAAUUCCAAUCGUAAUACAGUUGACUCCCAAAAACUCGAACCCUCAGUAACUCGAACCAAAAGCGAUUUCCCCUGGAUUUCCGUCAUACGUUUAUUGUAAUUUUAUCCUCGGUAACUCAAACCCUUGAUAACUCGAACCUCCUGCAAACUCGAAGUAAUUUUUGUUUCCCCUCAGAUCAUUUCUAUAUAAUUUUACCCUUGACAACUCAAACCAUAUUUUGAGCUCUUAAAAAGUCGCGGGAAAAAAAAUCAGUGUACUGGCAUGCAUUGAAUUUUGAAUUUCCCAUUGAUGUGUUUUAGGCAUAUAGUUUACAAGCGGAGGCUGAUGUUGUUUGUAACAAAUCUAAAGUGAGACAGUUUAAUUCACUUCUCAAAACGCAUGUUCUAUUAGGCUAUGUUUUGUUACGUUACGUUCUGAUAUAUAAUCUAGAAAUACACAAAUGUUCACUGUACAUUAAAAACUAGUCUUAUUUUUCCCUUACUUUUGUCUAUUUGCUUCUAGCUCUCGAUAACUUGAACUCCCGAUGACUCGAACUUUUUUCGAUUCCCCUUGAAGGUUCAUGUUAUCGUUCAAAGAGCCCCCCUCCCCCCCUUUCCCGUGCUCUUGGAAUUCCAAAAAGCCGUCCAUGGUAUGGCAUGGAUGUUUUCUGGAACUGCCCAAUGAUUAUUUGAAGGAAAGUAUGUAGCUGAACUGGAUUUUCCAGAUGGGUGGAGAGUUCUAACUAUGGAGUUUGCGUAGUACUAAUGUUGUUUAAUUAGAGUGUUUUAAUGUUUUAAUUUUAGGUUGAUUGCAUCACGAAAACAACAGGUAUGUUAAGCAUGUGGUAUUAAUAAGAGAGAUAAAAUAGUUCUUAGUUUUCAUGUUAUUUUUACCAUUAAUUCUCAGUCUUUUUUAUUACUGGUACUAACACAUAGCAGUAUGCUAGUUUUGAUGAUAAACAUUCAUGGCAGAGUAUGAUAAUGAGUAAGAAAAAUGUUGUGCAAGUGAUUCAUUCUUCAAGAUUUAUUAGUGGUCAUGAUGAAAAGUCAUUAUGAAAAGUUAAACCAACAGAUUUAAGGCUAUCAGAAAGAGAGAGAUAUGUUGUCAGAAUAAUAAUAAAAAGUAUCGAUAUUAAAGCAGUUUUUGAGUUACUUGUAACUUACAGACAUAAUAAAGGUCAGCCCAGCUAAGAGAAGGCACAACUCUCAGAAAUUGCAAGGAACAGCACUUGCUGCCAAGCAGUAGCUUGUAGUUCCUUGGAAUUACUUGCGCUUUAAUAAGACGUCUGCAGAGAAAUAUUCCAAAAUGAGAAGUAUAUGUACUUUUAAUAUGUACAACAGGAUCCAAGAUUUUGUUUAACUGUUUUGGAACUUAUUACUUAAUUAAUGACAUAUUAUGAUUUCUUUAUUAUUAUUUCAUUAUAAAAUGCAAGGGUAUAUUACUCCAGUAAAAUAAUGCAAAAUCAAUUCAUAAACAUCCACAUUUAUUUUCUUUUUGUUUCUUGUAGAUUGAUGAAAUUUCCCAGUUAUACCUUUAUGAGCAAAAGAUGAGAGAAGGUGCUGGAAAUUAUCUGUCUGAUUCAGUAACAUUUAAUUUCAAUAUUUAUUUAAAAUUUCCUUGGCAUUUAUUAAAGAUAUUGGCUUUAAAUUACAAUAUUUGGUAAAGUUGGGAGUUUCAUUGAAUUUCACUGUUCAUCUGUAUUGGGAUGGUAAGGGUCAGAUCACUAUAAUAUCUUUAAGUAUCACCAUGCAAAGCAAUAUUAUUGUCGUUUGAAAUGAUCAGCAUAUAUAUCCAGCAUUAUUUAAGUUUCUUUGAUACUGACAUAACUACAAAAUGUUACAAAUUUUUCACUUCUUUUGCUUUUUUUCCUCCUCAUAUUUUUGCAUUAUUUCUUUCGCACUUUUUCUUUUCCUUUUGUACACUUGCAUGUUCAGCCUUGUCCAUUUUUAUCCUAUUUAAUGAUUAUUUCCUGUGUAAUAAAGAAAUAAUUGUAUGUGUUUACGUAAACGUCUUGCCGAUGCCAGUUUUUUUGUGUAAUAAUUAAGUCAUAUAUUUUUAAAGGUGGUCCAUAUCAUAAGCCUUAUUUGCCUCCAUGGCUAGCUACCUUGCCUCAUCUUUUUGACUUUUAUGUAUAAUAUUUAAUGUAAAUGUGGCAAAAUGAUAACAAAACAGUGAUAAUAGUAAUAUUAGUAAAUGGUUUGUUUUGAUUUACAGGCUCACGUAAUCUACUGAAUGCAUUGACAUAUCAAGGAUCUAAAGGAGGACAAGAGAAGUGUCGAUCAAGUAUUGCUUCAUGUACUGAAGUAAGAAAACAGUUAUCUAACAAUAUUUGUCAUGACACCAUCCCAUACCAAUGGCCAAUAUUUGCAAUGGCGGAGGACUUUAACCAACUAGUAUAUUAUAGCUUUCCAAAGGAGCAUGUUCCAUAGGUUGUUAUAUUUUUUGAUUAAGUAACUUAGUUUUUUAUGUUACUUAUUAUGCUUUUGUUUACAUUGCAGAAAAUGUGUGCUAUUGAAGAAGAGCUUGAAACCAAAUUGGGAGUUUUCAAGUUUACAUUAAAUGGUAUGAGUUGUACAACCUGACUCAUUAGAUAUAUUAUUUUAAGAAGCUGUAAAAGCAGAUAGAUGUAUAGCUGACAUUGGAACAUAUAUAUAUAACUAUUUCAGUUUUCUGUUUUCUUAAUGUGGGACUUUAUUACUGUACUUUCAAUUGUGCCCAAAAAUAAGGCAAGCUUGAUGUGAAAAAAAUCAUUACAAUGAACAAAGGAGAACUAAUUACAUGUAAAUGUUUGUGUGGAGAAGAAAAUUACACAAUCACAUGAAGCAUCUAGUAAAACGAUAUAUAGCUAUUGUGUAGUUGAUGUAUUGAAGGUUGCUUACUGAAGUGACUGAUUAAAGAUUUACUGGCUUUUUUUUAGCUCUGUUAGCCUUUGGAAGACUUUGCAGUGGGGAUGUCUAUGACGUAUGUAUUUGAACUUCAUUUUACCACUGGUUCUGGUCCCUGUAAUAGAAGAUAUGUGUCACCUGCUCUUUUAUUAUUAUUUGUUGCAUUCUAAGUAUUUUUUUUCUUUAGUUUAGGAAUUUCCAUAUAUUUAGUCAUUGUUGUCCUUUGAGUCAGAUUGCAGUUAUAGGUCUGAGACAUUAAGGAAAGUAAAAGUUAGAACAAAAAUAAGAUCAAACCACAUUGUUUCCUUUAGCCAGCCCAUAGAUGUUGUUAUUGUUGUUGUUUUUGAGGUGGAAUUUGGCAAGUAUGGUCCGCUUUUUUCUUUUUCUCACGACUCCUCAUUUGGUUUAGUGGUCAAUAGCUUAUCUUGCGUGAGCAUUUUUUAUGUAGUUGAUGACCUCUAAAGAGAGAGUAGGAGAUCCAUGAACAAUCUACUCAUCCAUCAUAAUAAUUUUUUGUUUGCUGGUAUUUUAGGUACAUAUUAAACAUGGAAGUAACUUUAAGUGGAAGGCAAGGUGCAAAGUAGAAAGGGAGAGACAGAGGUGGACAGAUGGUGAGGUAAGGAACAAAAGUGAUUAUAAAUAGAAAUUCGUUUACAAUUGUUAAUGUGAGCUUGGCUAGCCUGCACUACAGACCUGGAAUGUUCAAACGUUGGAUAGUGUUAUCCAUCGGACAAAUCACUAUCCAGUAGAUAAGUAGGAGGGGAACAAGUUGUGUUUAUUCACUGAAUGGUGAUUUAUCUGACGGAUAGCACUAUAUAUCCACCUCUUGAAGGGGCAAGAUGUAUUGUUCGCGUGAGUGAGUGCUACAGUAUUUCUUACAGUAGCCAUCUUUGAUAUUGAAAGUAGGGAAACACUUGGGAAAGCAGAAAGGUUGAAGGGUUGGAAAGAGGAAGGGGGAGGGGCAGACGUAAUUAACCUCCGUUAGUGACUUCUGCGAAGUACUGCCGAGAUCCUUGUUCUGUGCCCACAAUGGGCUUAAUGAAUUACCGCAUGUCUGGUUCGAAUUUCCUUUCGUACUGAUUGGCAAAUCGACAAUGGCUUUUUUAACGGGCCAAUCAUGGCACAUACUCAAAUCCUGGUACACAGGUGGGGACCCAGAACAACGAUUUUUUUGGUGCUGUUUCACAGACAGACUUAACCAGAGUUUACUUUCAUCUGUGGUGUAGGCUAUUCCUUACUGAGUGGUGGCAGCUGUUUCUCAGUGACUCACCUCUCAGUUUUUCUUGCCACGCACUGAUAUUUGUGACACAUAAAUCAAAUCUUAUGCACUAUUCCUUUCAAUAUAACACGUAUGAUAUAUUACCGCUGCUAAGUUAAUUGAAUUAUUGGUACUAGCCUAGCCCAUCUGACUUGGGCAAUGGGCACUAUGGCAAUGCAUGAAUCCAAGAAAACUUUCACAUCUACACCUUACUGUUUUCAUCCACAUACAGUGAGCUUGUACUUUCACAUCUUACACCUUGACUGUUUUUGGUUUAUCCACAUAAAUACAGUGAAAAUUAGAAACCUUUGUAGUAGUAUAAAGUAAUAGUAUGAUUUAUGCAGACAAAUACAAUAUCCUCUCUUUCACUCACCUAAUUGUUUUUGAAAUAUCAUAGAUGUGUUCAUAAUUUAUUGGUUUGUUGCAGAGAAAAUAAUUAUGGGAAGAAAAGGGUUAAAACUCUAUGAUGCUAUGAAAGUGACUGGUUUUCAUGCCAUCUCCCAAAGAAAUUGCACUUCAAAACAUCCUCCUAACUAUGUGUAUGACUAAUAGCCCUUAUUUCUUUUUUGCAUGUUUUCUUUCAUAGUUUACUUUGAGACCUUCCAUAUCUGAUGACUUUACCAUCCGAGUAAGUAUAACUUUAGCUUAGUUCAACAGUUAAUUGACACAGUUCUUUUUCUGGGAAAGAGACUCAUCAGGCUUGAAAUAGUCAGAAAUUAAUACUUCAAUCUUUUGACAAAGAAACUGUGAACACCUGUAAGAACAAAAUCUGGCAAAAUUCUUUCUGCCCAAGGCGAUUACUUAUCACAUGGUUGUAACUGAAUUUAGAAACCGUCACUUGUGAGAUACAAUGUCUUGUUGCUUCGGCUGCCUCGUAAGGAACAUUACAUAGUGAGUUGUAGACCGCUAUCAAGCUCUCCUGGGCGCUCUGGCAGUAGGUGAGAAAAAUGGCCGCAAUCUCUCCCUCAUUUUUCGCCCUGCUGACAGAGUGCCCAGGAGAACUCACUAGCAGGCUGAGUCAGUGGGGAAAAAGUUUGCUUUUUAAAGACACUCUAGACGACAUAGCAAGUGGAAAUGUUCUCUUAGUAAUUCAAUAAUGUGUAGCCUGACUGUACAUGUAGCUGCCCCUCCAGUUUUUCUGUUUUUGAUUUCAUGAACUUCUCAAGUCCCAAGAUUGAUCAACAUCAGUUUUCUUUAAACAAUUCCAUUACAUAACCAAGAGAAAAUACUAUGAGAGUCAAUAAAAUGAUCACCAAAGGGAAAACGUUUUGGUUUUUUUUGUCAAAUUCUCUCAACGAAAUCCUUUAAGGAAAUGCAAUGGAGAUCAGUGAGGAGAAUUUUUAAUCUGUGGAUACUGGGACUCAACUAAAGGAAUAAUUUCUAAAACAGUGAUUGUUGGUGCUCUGUGGUUAGGUAAUUGAGAUGAAGAAGAUCCAAGCAAACGUGCAAAUUGGGAAUAUUCUUUUAAGAUCAAGAAAUUACAUAAAGGCCAGACCUCAGGUUAGUAUUAACCACUCAUAUCAUAUCAGUACAGUGCUUAAACCCGGCUGACAUUGUGUUUAAUAACAUUGCUUUCAAUUUUAUCGGCUAGAUUGUGUCUGUACCUCUAAACAGCACGGGUUCAAUGAAACUUAAGAUAACCGUGGAAUGGAGGUAAGUUACUUUUACUUUCCAAAUUAAUGGAACUGCUCACUUGUAUUAAAUACUGUGUGUUCUUCACACACUGUCUUUGACCAAGUUUUCUUUAACGUCCUACGAAAUGAAAACCCCGGACACUGGUGUCAAGGAAAUGUCUUGGAAUGAAACAUGAAAGAUUUUUGUGCAACAUUUCGGACACUAUCACCUUCCCUUUGUCCACUGAUGAAGAGAAAUUCAGCUCACUUUGUUUUUUUUUGCUAUCUAUGAAUCGUUUAGUUGGCAUUGUAGCUUACCGGCCGUGUGCCAUAAGGAUUUUCGCAUCUUAUGCACUUGUGUCACUGACUACAACAUCGUUAUCAUUUGUUUCUUUGCUUUCAGGCCAUUUUCUGGAAAAGAGGAGAACACGUUACGAGCUAAGAAUCAGAAUUUGUUAUCAGAAGUGAUCUUCCUUCAACCUGCCGCUGCAUCUUCUACUGACGGCAUGGGCGGUAGUAUGUCGGUGGCAUCCAGCUCUACCGGUGACACCAGGUAUUAAUCCGGAAAUCGUUCGUUUCAAUACGAACUCAAGCAGUGAAAUUGCGCAAAAUCUCGAUCACUUUAAGUAUAGCUUGCUCGUGAACAAGAAAAACAUUUUGUGUGAAUAUUCUUCGUUCUUUAAGCCAAGUACUUGAAACUAUGUACGCCUCAACUGAAUAAACUUACCGAGAACGACUUUGUAUCGAAACGAUCGGUACAACAAAACUCCGCUAUGCGGACGCGCUGUUUUUGCUGCGACUGAUUUUCCCUGGCAUAACAAAGCUUAGUUAAUGCGGCCCACUCUCAAAUCAAAUGUCCAUUUUAAAGAACAGAGCGAAGGCCAACUGAAUAUCUCUUUCUCUUUGAACUGUUCUGAUCUCUCUCUCUUUUUUUUUUGUUCUUUAUAGUUCUGAUGUGAGCGAAAACAGCCGUGUAGAAGAUCGAGUCACUGAUAAACCGAGUUCACAUUCACACCAGGUGGGUAGCCCUUUGUGUAGUGUGAGUGAACAGUUCAAUUUUAAACUAGUAACUAAAAAGUAUCAAAGAAGACAAACUUUGUCAAAGAAGGCUGGUUCUUCGUCUCCAAAAUCUUGUAGGUGAUCCAAUAGUGAAGCUAAAGCUAAGGCCGCGAUAAAAGUAAGCUGACAUUGGCACCAUAUUGCUAUCUUUGUCUUUCCUUUUGGAUCUAUCUAAUAACUCUCACUGGUCUCAGUAUUCUGAGUGUUUAUUCCAAUUUUGUUAUGAGUGAGUGAUGAUUUCUCUGAUGUCAAAACAUAUGAACACUAAUUGUUUCCUAGGAGCUUGUUGAAGAUGCAACGGAUUCUUCUGAGAUAGCAGAUAAAGCUGCUUUUUCAUUGGACGUAGAUGGUCUAAUUUCCCAGGAAUCUGAGGAGUUUCGGCAUGCAACUUCUUUGGAUAGUGCCCUGCAACAUCUUAUCCCUACUCUACAAUCCAACAAAGGUUUGAUUAUUUGAUGCACAAUUAAGUUGCAGUUUGAAUCGCACCACUAGCACUGUUUGUCGCUCAACCCGCUCUGGCCACUUGCUGGAUUUGUUCUCAGUGGUCCCGAGUUCAAAUCCUCGACCACGCUUAUAAAUAGCCAACUGGUUGCCUCCUGCCAGUUGGGGUUUUUAAUCCUGUUAUGUUGUAUUUAAAUUUUUUGUUUUUAAGUAUUUGAGUGGAGUGCCUUUUUUUAAAGUUGUGGUGAUUACAGGGUUUUUUAGCCCAGGGCUCCUUUUGCCAUCGGGCUAGUUUUUUGUUGUUAACUUGCCCGAUUUGAACUAAAAUUUUACAGAAGGAUUUCCUGUUAAUCAAAAAGGGUUUUGGGGCUAGUUGAAAUGACUUGUGCGCUAGUACAUGCUAGCUACAGCUUGCCCGAAUGACAGGCUGUAAAACUGACUUUCUUUGCACCCUUGGUGAAAAACGUUCUCACCAUUGUGUUAAUGUACUAUACACACCGUAAUUUUUAGGGAGUUAUUAUAACUCCAAAAAUGGAGUAAAAAUUUUAGGUACAGGAUAACCCCUUUUUUGGGCCUAAUUUAACUCCGAAUUUGGGGUCAUUUUUUACUCCUGAAAAGAGUUCUUUUACUCCCAGUCUUGGAGUUAAAAUUACUCCGAAAUGGGGUUACUUGUACUCCUUACAGGGGUUGUUUUCACUCUUUUUGGAGUUAAUUUAACUCUGAAAGUGGAGUAAAAAUUUUAGGUACAGGAUAACUCCUUUUUUGGGGUUAUUUUAACUCCUCAAAAUCUGUGGUCACUUUUACUCCUGAAAAAGAGUUCUUUAAACUCCUUUUUGGAGUUAAAAUAACUCCACGAAAAAUAACUCCACUGUAAGGAGUUAAAUUAGCCCCACUAGAGGAGUUAUUAUAACUCCCUGAAAAUUACAGUGCAGAUACAUGUACGCUCUGCUCUGUCUGUCGUUGUAUUCCCUUGUUGCUUGGACUUGCUCUGCUUUCAUUCUUAACCCAUUCAGUUCAUAUCGUAAUGAACUACCCUUUCUCUCUCCUGUGGAGCCACUUCCCUAGUGAAUCAAUUAACUGGUGACGUUUGAAAGCUAUUGCAUGGGCAACCUUGACGUGUACCUUUGCACAAGUUACCUAAUAAUAAUGGUCGUGAUAAGAUAUGUAGUAUUUAUUUUAUCUUAUAGAGACCAUUAUCAUGAUGUAACUACUGCAAGAGAAAAACGAUUCAAUCAGAUCAAACCAUACAUAGCUGAUCGAGAUUUUGUGAAGCAAGCCAGGAAAAACAAAAAAAUCAUGUAAUUCCGACCCUAAACUUAUUCCACUUCCGAAAGGACUUCAGUUAAAUAAUUAUAGUGAAUUCCCAGCAAAAUCUAAAAAGGGAGGGAAGGGGAGGGGAGCGGGGGAGAGAAGCAGGUAUUAGGUUUUUGUCCAUUCGUGCUGGAACUUACAAAGCUGUAGUUUGUCAUCGACUCCAAAAGCCUGUUACUGCCGGGUCGAGCCGAUGUCUGGCUAGUGAACGGCCAGAAAUCCCGUGUCGAAUGGGUUACAAUAAGAGAACUGAUUCUUGUAAUUUACUCUCCCUAGACUCGUAACGCACCCAUGUUCCAUGUCUGGGUUUGCUUUGUAUUUUGCAACAUAUCAAGCGAGAAUGCAAGGUUUGUUUUGUGUGAUUUGCAGAUCAAUUCCCUGAACUUCACGGUCUUAUUGCAAACCUGGAGAAACUGGAGGAGCUUGUUAAGGUAGGAGGAAUUCACUGUGGCAUCUGUUGGUGGCGUUGUUCAUCACGGUCGUUAGUAGCUCCUCAGAGAGCCACCAUCGUCUCUAAAGUUAGUUGAGAGAGUACAUCCCAAAAGAAUGAAGGAAAAGAUAUGCUCUCCCCCUUCCCGUUACCCCUACCCAUAUGCCUACCAGCUUUGUUAGUGAGGUUGGAGGGGACUUGUCUGCUGCAAUAUUUUCGCCAAAUAUAGUGAACCCACUGGACGAAAGCAUCUCACGAAUGUUGUCACCAUUUGUAGUCUUCGUCUUCAGUUUUCCUAACUUAAAAGGGCUGUGUCACACUAUUUGCAAUCUUUUUAAAACGCUAAAACAUGUCUUCGCAUCAAAUGAAUUUCAAAAAUAAUGAUCCAGUUUUUGCCAUUUGAGAGUACAUUAAGGCGUUGAUUCCGUUGAAACUGUUUCCUGUUGUCUGUUGCUGCCGAUGACAAGCUAAGAAUGGACGUGGAUUGAGACAUACAUCUAUUUCUUCAAGUUAUGCUAUGCUUGCAGAAGUCACUAAAAAAUUAUCAUGGUUUGUACUCUCUGACGAAGGGUGUGUUCCUUUCGGCGAAUCCAAAAACGGAUUUUUGAUCCUAGAUUUGCCAGAUUUCUCGGUCGAAAGGAACGUGAAAUCCGAAAUUGGAUUUGUAACCUUGGUAACCUUUCGCCAACGCGUGCAAUAUGCACGACAGCCUCUCAAAAAAUGACGUGUUUUCUACUGUUUGACAAAUUAUGCGAUUAUACCGUUCAGAAUUUGGUGGUCGGCAGUUCGAAUAGCGACGAUGGAACAUAUAAAACAGACAAAGAAAGAAGCGCAUUGAAAUUGAAAAUUAUCUAAAGAAUGUCGGCUAGUUUGAUCCAGUUCCAUAGCUCGGAUUUUUUUAUGUAGCACGAACGAAUACCUGUCGCGUCUACAAGCGAGUUUGUAGUUAGAUAGCAGUUCAUUUGUUACUUUUACUUAUUUCUGAUUUCAAGCAAUCUUUAGAGACAAAUGGUUAGUAUAUGGAUAUUUUAAUGUACCAGGAACAAUCUUCUAAUGUUUUCAGAUGUUUUGCGGCAAAUGACCGCAACGAGGAAACUCUACGGCCUCUGUGGGAAUACUUCAACUGGAAAUACCGCUGGAUCACUGACUAAUUUCGGAUCCACUGUGAAUGGAACAGCGUAGAUCACUAAUCCCUUAAUCUGGAUUUGGAUUCUUCGGAUUUCAAAUCCAGUGAAUCCUUUUUCAAAAAGGAUUCACCAGAUCAAAAAUCCGGAUUUGGUGCCGAAAGGAACGCGAAAUCCGUUUUUAGAUCUAAAAUCCGUUUUUGGAUUCACCGAAAGGAACACACCCGAAAUUUGUUUGAUACCGUCUUCAUAAGUCUGCAGGAGCAUUUUUUGUAUGUGUAAGGGCACUAAGUAACGACUUACGAACAGAAUGGAUCUUAAACAGCAAUAUCCUCGUGGCAUAGCCCCUUAAAGUAAAAGACUCUUGUUGGCUUAUACUGCCGCUUUGUUGUACACAAGAAUGACCUGAUCUUACCAGGUCGGUUGUUUUUACUCAUGGAGUUAUCAUUUUGUCUUUACAGCGAUGUUCGUUAUCAAGGUCUUCCAUGUCUCUAUCAGUGGAAAGUGCACUAGAAAGCUUUGACUUCUUAGAACAGGAUGCAGCAGAUGAGACCGAAAGCACUCCCCGCAGUACUGCGAGCGGAGGCAGCGAAUGUCACGAUACAGGAUACAACAGCACUGAUGAUUAUAACAAAGACUUUGGCGUUGAGGGUGGCGCUGAUGCUAGCUACAUUGUAGACUUUUUUGCAUCGAACAAAACUGUGGAUAAUCUUGUGUCUUCAACCGAAGAGAACAGACUUGAUAAAAUCGAUGAAUAUCGCUUCAGUAAGGAGUUUGAGGAGGAAAAUGAUCAUUCCAGCUAUAUAAACGAUCAAGACAACGCUGAUAUAGACUCUUCAAAUGAUAGCCCCAAUUGUAUUACUGAUAUUUUUUCUUCGUUACCAUCAACAAAAUCAGUGGAAAGAUCAGCAAGUGAAGAUGAUGCAGUGAAAUUUAAGGAGGAAACGAUUAACGAAGUGCCUUCCAACACUAGCUCUCCAAGGAAAAGGAUCGAAGCUGGAGAAUUGAUACAAGAGAGUCCUCAACACAGUAGUUACAAAACUCGAUCUUCUCGAGCUACGAGUCCCAACCUUUCGUCUUCAUACGCUCCGGAGGCGACAGUGGGGAACAAGGUUUUGGAUAAGGUAGAUAAAACAGCUAAGCUAGAUAAGGAAGCCAAAAACUUAGUCGAAAAACAGACUCGGCUUUGUUGUUUUUUCUCUCUAAAAGUCCGGGUGGCCAAGAUGACCAUAACAUGGACUUGUAUCAUCAAGUUAAACUUUGCUGGCUCCACAAUGGUUUCCCUGUGGUGCGGACGGACGGGCGUACAGUCACGUGACUACCAAAAUUUCUUAGAUGCUUGGAUAACCAAAUUUUCUUACCCUUGUUUUCUCCGCUGUAACAUCCUCACUGGUCAUUUUUCAUUUACUUGCCUCGUAGGUCAUCCUUUGCCAUUUGCAAUUUUGUGAAGAAAUGGCUGGGGUACGUACAUGCGUCUAUUUCUAAAUGUAUUCAAAAGCUUCAGUUUUCGAUACUUUCUUUAGGUAUUCAGUAGUCAAUUAUAGUUUUUCAUCUUAUUUUUUUAGUAUCUUGGAUCAUUCGGACCCAUGAAAUUCAAGGUUUGUAAGGUUCAUUGCUAGUUUUUGCUAUAACUUCAGCGUGCCUUUUUUCUCUCCUUCUUGUCUCCUUUCUUUUCCUCUUCUCUACCUUCUCCUUUUUAUUUAUUAUCUUAUUUCUUUGUUACUUAUUCUAAGCUUGUUUCAUCCAUUUUCAGGAAAUGUCAGCUUUGUCCAAGCUCCGGCAGCAGAAAGAAGUACUAGAAAGGUUGAUCCAGUUUGUGUUAUCAGCUGACCUCAUCAGUGACUUAUCGCUUUCUCAAAGUGAGUUUUCUACGUCAAAUGUUCCCUCAACCUCGUCUUAUGACCACGACCACCUCGUUGAUAUGACGGUCCCCUUUCUUAUUUGUCCCUUCUUAAAAGUGAGUUUUCUGCUUCAAACCUUGCCGGAACCUCGCCUUACUACCACGACCACCACGACAUUACUAUGGGCCCCUUUCUUUCGGCCCUAUAAAUCGGAGAAGCUCGUUCAUAAGACUAGAUUAUCAUGGCUGGUGGGUGGUCUGAGUAACAGGGUUAAUCUGUACUUAGCCUCUCAAUGUUGAUAGCCUCGUUUUUCUAAGAGGCUUAAAAACUCUCAAGUGUAUUGGUUAAAAUUGAUCUUUCUGUUUGGCGUACAGUAUAUGCAGUAACCUCUUCUUUGCAUUUUACAAUGUGAGGAAAAACUCAUCAAUUGCGUAAAUGGUUUCUUUUCUUGUUGAUUCACUCAAUUAGUUCCUUUACUUUGUAGUUAACCCGCGUUUGGUAUCAAAUCCAAUGUUGGCCUCGUUUUGGGAGAAAACCUGUCAAGGCCAGAGUUCGGUAAGUGUUCGCUCGUUCGCUGUUUUCUAUUGAUUUGUCUAAUUAAGUUCAUCAGGAUUAGCUCAGUAGGUAGAGCGCUUGACCGCAAUGCGGGUUUUCGCAGGUUCGAUUCCCGGGGCUGCACCAAUACUCAGGGUCUUCAAAUAACAGAGAAAUGGAGGUACUGUCAUUGCCUUGAAAACGGCUUGACCUUCGCGUGACCGCUAUUCUACGUGGUGCGUAAAAUGGCGGUCCCGUCGCCGGUAGGAGACGUAAAAAUGAUGUUCUCGAUUAGUUCUUUCAUGCUAAAUACCUUGACACUUGAAUAAGGUGGUUUUUUUUUUCGUUUUAGUUAAUGUUUACCACUGCUGGUCAGCUGGUCAGUGCAUUUGAAGACAACUACAAGAGUCAGAUAACGCAAAGUUACAACAGAGUCGUUGACAUUGGUACGGUAGCUUUUCAGUUCUUUUCUCAUGACAUUUUCUCCUGUCGGCCAUAUUCGCCUUGUUGUAUAUUGCAGGUUACAAUUAGCUAAAUUUUACGAGGAAACGAACAUAGAUAAGACUUCUAGGAAGGACUAUAAAACCAGUCUCAUUCACUUUUUCCCAUCUUGUCCGCGUUGAAUUGGAUAGAGGUUCCUACUGUGUACGUCCACCAUUGGAGGAGGUGGCCUUGCAGCUUAGUGGCUUAGAAUUCUUGCUAGGGCGGAGUAAUUUAUCGUGGGUCUUUUAUGUCUUCCAUUGGCCGGGCAUGAAAAUUAUUUUACAGCACAAUGAGAAAAUUCCACUUAGGAAAAAAAUCUACCUCACUGUUUCUGCUCACAAGAGACUUUCGUAAAACCGAGAGAUGGCAAAUUCCAUAUAAAUUUUGAUUUGACCGCUACUUCGUGAUUUUGUCUCAAUACCACUGGCCACUGAUUUUGAAUUUACAGUUGAACCUUUCCACAACGGCUACCUUGGAGACAGAAGAAAAUGGCCCUUAUAGAGAGUUUGUCGUUGUGUAGAGGUGACCGUUAGUGGACGUUCGACUGUGCACUUGAGACUGAGUCGGUUUUAUUUUGAUUGCCGCUCUGUGGAACUGUUUGGAGGGAGGAAGUUUGACCCAGUCUCUUCCGCAACUGCGUACUAACCGGAAGAAGAAGCGAUAGCAUGCCUGAACAGUCCCCAUGGUUCAAUUUGCCACAACACCGACCCAGCCUCUCACGUAGCCUCAAAGUGAUCAUUAGUUUGCUUAUUUUGGAAUAACUGUUUUUUGUUGUUUUUUUGCAGUAUUUCCUGUGAUUGUGGCUCGUGUUAUACACCAGGAUCCUGAGCUGACUGAUGUUUCGGCGGAGGAGGAAGAUCUUGUGACUGUCUUUCAGUUUGAACACUUCUUCAUGGACUGCUGCAGGUCGGUGUUUUCCGGUUUAAUUAAUUUUGUUGGUUUCCUGAUUACAAAUAUUUAUAUCUCACCGGCCAGAACCAUCUGAAAUGGUGCUGUAAAAAGAUGACCUGGCACAAGGCUUUCUUUUAGCGUAACCGUGGCAGUGUUAGCUUGGUGCUAGAGCACUUGCAUUUAGAGAAGGAGGUUAUUUAUUUAUUUAUUAUUUAUUUUAUUUUAUUUGGCACACUAAUUACAAAAAAUAUAGGAAAAGAAGAAGGAAAAAAAAAAAAAAGGUGAAACUAUAGGAGCUUACUUGCCUUUAUGAGCUAGAGCUGUUUCUGAAGAGAAGAAGGCGAAAAGUCGAAGAUGGAAAGAUUUAUAAACUGUUUUCAUACUUACUCAAUAAUUUAAUCUUCAGUUUUUUCUUAAAAGAGGAGAGGAGUAUGUUCGUACCAACAUACAGGGUCUUAGAAUAACCGAGUAGUAUUUUCUUUGCCCUGCAAAAGGCUAGACAUUCGAGGGGCUUGGACGACGAGGUUGAGAUGGCCGUCCGUCUUUAACAAGAGGCGUAAAAACAGGGUUUAUUUCCGUUUGUUGUUGUUUUGAUUAUAAAAGAAAGGUAGAUGUAUUUUAAACCGUCAAAAAACCUUUUUGAUCAUGUUGAUGAGGGGAUGAUAACUGAUUUAUUGAUUUUUCUUCAGGCCGAACCUGUCCAAGUAUAUCAAUGAUGUGGCUUAUGAGCGUAAGUAGCUGUUUUGUUACAUUGUGCGAGCGCUUUGUGAUACUGCUCUUAUUUAGAAGAUUGGUGUCCUGUUAAGCUAGACUAUGAGAGCGAGUCAUGCAAAAACCCUGGGUAGCGAAAAGCCAAACAAUAUCGGACGUUAGACAAAGACCCGAAAUGCGCUCAUGAUAAAUAGUAGGGUCUUAUAAAAUGCUGAAAGAAUUAUAACAUAGGCCAUGUGGUAAGUUUUCCAAAGGGAAGGAUCAAAGCGCCAGAGCACGUGUAGGUUGCUGCAUUAUAUUUACGCCAGCCACGCUUGUUGUGAUUCAAAGCCGUCAUGUCUGAUUCUUGGUUAUCUUUUUUGUCCUAUUUGUUUGCAGUCGUGAUCGGCAAACGUCUUCGUUCUCCUGAGAAGGAUGCCGUUGUUGCACAGGUAUUUAGAGAUGGAUUCUUUACAGAAUACGCGUAUAGCCGUCGCAUUUGCCGGCUGAAAAUUUUCAGCGGAAAAUGUCCGGCGGGAGCGGGGGGCGGGUACUGCUGCUCAAUUAUCAGUUUUUGGAAAACUCGCUGCGUUAUUGUUUGUAGUUCUUACGUGAUUUAAUCCAAAGAGACGUCCUUUGUUUGUCCUUUGAUUGAGAUGAUUGAUGUGAUCCUUUGUAAGUUGUAAAGUGUGCAUAUUUUGGUGAACGCACAUGCACCCCUUUAUACACUAAUCAGGGUUUUUCUUGUUGUUUGUAGUUGAAGCAGUAUACUGAGAUUCCAUUAUCAAAGAGCUGUUUUUGUCCUGUGUUGCUUCUUCUACUGGACACUGAUUUCUUUGUGUCACAGGCUGCAGGUACUUGGUUUGUCUGUUCCAUAAGAAGUUAUAGAGCAAGAGCAAGUAAUGGGAGGAGAAAAUUUUCUCUAUUCCUGACGCAAUAAUAUGUUUUCGUGUUUCACUUUGUUUGAAAUAACUUACUAUAAAUUGGGUUUCUGUGACUUUACCUAUUUUUCCUUAUAAUUGUCUUUUUUGUUCGCUGACCUGGCGUGCCAUUCAUUUAGAGUGGCACGCGGGCCGCCUCCACUUAAGCUCGUGGCCCAGUUUUUUCUUCUGUUCAUUUCGCGGCUUAACUGACAUAGAAAGAAGUUGUUUCACUGAGGUGCAGGGGGUUCUAGUAGUCCAAUAUUUAAAGCAAUCGCACGAUUGCUUUGGAUUGCAGUAUUGCACGAUGCGUUAGGUUAAGAACAUAUGGCUCCACUUUCUAGUCCAACCAGAGAUAAACUGAUGAACCCCGCUGUUUUAACCCCACACGCGUUUUCCACCUAUGGCGUCAUUCAUGCGCCGAGUAACUCGCCUGAAGUUUUGAUGAGUUUGUUAAGGUUCUCUGCCAUUUUCUUCGCCCCUUCUGAAGUUCUGAUUGUGCCAAUAUCCCUGAUGGUUGCGUUAUUUAUCAACAGAGGCGUAUUUGUUACAUUUACAAAAGAAUGGCGAGCUCAGGAGGAAGGUGUGUUUAAUUGCCUCAAUAUCCUAGAUUGCCGAAAACUGGUCCGUUAACCUUAGCAAAAGACUCCUGGAAUCGUUACUGGGGACUGGCGGGAACACGCUGAACAGCUAUUGGCCAACUCCCUGAAACAGUCCCAAAGGUCUUUGCGAAAGUUAACUCGUCCCAGUUUCCUGAUGGCGAAUGCCACUGAAGUGCAUGAUAUUCUCCACUCGUGAUAAGAGCAUUGCCUUUUUACUAGCUUUUGGAAAAUUUAACGGUCACUUUGCAACAAUCGCAAACGAAAAUAACGCCAGGUCAGAUUUAAUUUUUAGUUGCAAAGGGAACCUUUUUAGCAAUGUCUUGGCGUUAUAGAUCGCUGAAGUGAUACUUUUUCCCUUCUGUCCUUGUCAAAAAAAACACUUCUUCUCAUUAGUGUUCUAGUAGCAAUAUAUCAGGGUUGCCGCGGUCAGGAAAAAGCCAGGGAAAAACGAAAUUGUGUUUAAGGUCAGGGUAAAGUCAGGGAAAAUCUUUGUUGUUUUCCAAGCCAAUGAAACGUCAGGGAAUUCUGUUUUCCGGUUUAUAGUUCGUAAGUUUUCUUUAAAGAUUUUGAAAGACAUUUGUUUCGGAAAAGAUGAAAAGUAUGCUGCAAAGCAAGCAAAGCGAUCAAUUUGACACUUUACGCCUGACACAUGUGAUAGUUCUGGUCAGUGGUUUUCGUUGUGAACGCUUUCUUCCAAAUUCCUUCUUCCACUUUCCGUGAAAAGCGGAAAAAGGUUGAAAAUGAAGAGAGAAUGGCUGCAAAAAAAGCUAAAGUGAAUGUAAACAUAGAUUGUUAUUCAUUAAUAGAAGGUCAGUGAAAACAGUUUAAAGGUCAGUAAAAAGACAGGGCAUUUUUAACUUUCUGAUGAGUGGCAACCCUGUUUAUGCAUCAGUCGCAAACACCUGGGUUCGCCUCACAAUGCUCACAUCAAUUCAAACAGAAUUCUGAGUGAAAAAUAUAUCACCUCUUGUAACAAAAAAAUAAAUGCGUACUCAGUACCUUUUCUCUUAAUUUCUUGCACGUUCCAAAUUUAUUUCAAUGAAUGUAAAAUUCUGAAUCAAAAACUGUGCCUUAACCGAGUCAGGACUGCUUAGUAACUUCCACAGAUUCUAAAAGAGUUAAAUGUACCUUAUAACAGCAGUUAGUACCACAGAAGGUGCUGCACGUUAGAUUUCAUCCAGAGACUUCAAAGUUAUAACAGCGUGUCUUGAUGCCCCUUAAAUCCUUAAAUUUACGCUAGAGCUGAAUUCUGAUCGUACAUCAAAAAGGUUCUAAUCACCAGUGCCGGCUUUAUUUACUGUCCCGCGUACAGGCUAUUGGUUUGAGCAUUGAAGCACUUGAAGAAUCUGAGGAAAAACUUCGGCAAGGAGCGUGCGUAGCCCUCACAGUUCUACAGGUUUGUUUACUUUCCUUUGUUUGUACCAGUACUUGCCCAACCAACAUAUCAAUUCUAGCUGUGUUUUUUACCUUUGCCUUUGGUCGGGGUUCGUACGGAUCAUGGAAAACAAAAAUACGAGGACGAAUUUUUCUUUCUCUUUUUUAACCUGGAUAUUCGUUAAAGUCCUUAAGAAUUCAACUCCAGGAAAAAUGGCCGUCAUUUGACAAAUAGAGCGGGUCCAAAUAGACACAAUAAAGUUAAACGGACGCAAAUUCAUUUUUUGCCGACGUUUUCAUUGUGUCGUCGUCGUUACUUAAGCUCCCCAUCGGCUACCUUCGAUCGUAUACAAUGUAAAGGAAUACUUGAAAAAGUUCUAUCUAGCCUUUGUUUCAGUGUCUAGUGUCUGCUCCUCUUGUCUCAUAUGCUUUCCACUACUGAUGCACCAGUGAAACCCAAAAUACUGACUAUACAUUUGAUAGCCAACAGUUAUUGUUCUCCCUUAAGAACUUCUCUGUACCACUCUCCAGGCAAGAGAUGCAGUACCACAGUUGCUUUACCUCAGCCGAUGCGAUGUGCAAUCUGUAAAGUUAGAGGCAAGAAAGGCGCUGUCAUCCUUAGGUAAGUUUUACAUUCCCUCUUUCUUUCUCCUGAAACUGUAUUUUGGUUGAAUUUGAAAUUCUUCAUAGAGGUAAAAUCAAAUAAAAGUGACUGAUUUCAUCAGCAUUGUAACCUUUGGUAAGAGAAGAAUACUUGACAUCUUCAGCUCAGGGCCCAGUUGUUCAAAGCCGGCCGAUUUGUGCAGACUGGGUUCAAAUUUUAGUUUGGGUUUCUUUCCUUUUGUUGAAAAGAAUUUUCUUGGAUAAUUUGCCCUAUACUGGAAAAUUGUAGACAAAAAGAAUGAAAGUGGAUUCGCUUCUUGACGUUUCAUAUGUGAACUCAAUUUCCCUACUCUUUUCUGUACCCCACAUUUAACAGCCCGACUCUGAUCAUUUCCGUUAUUUAUUAUUAUUAUUUUUUGCGGUAGGGGAGGAAGGCGAAGAUGCGUUAAGACAAUCAGAGAUGUCCACAAAUGAGAUAACGGCGUUGAUGUUCUGAAGGAAUGGUUCCAGUGAUCUAUCAGUGUGCUACGAAAAGAACAAGCAGCGAGCAGAACAACUUUAAAGUGACUCUGAAAUGAUAAACACGCUGAUACCGUAAACUUUGUGAUCACGUCGCGCGAAAGUCAACGCGAAAUCUGGAACGACACUGAAAAGAAAAAAAAAACAAUAGCCUUCUUGUAGGCUAGGUACGAAGUCUGUGGAUGCCAGUAUUUAUCAACAUAAUAUUACUUCAGGAACCUCCAACCGUCGUACUGUAGCAAGCUGACUGCUUUGUAAGGUUGCUGUGACUUGAUUUUAGGGAUAGGUUUUUCACCCCAUUUAGUUCAAUUAUCUCUCCAGUGAAAAAUGGUUCAUUAGGCAUAAGAGGGUUAAAUUUAACAGCAGUUUAUUCUCCGCUUAAAUGUAUCCUUAACUGUAACAAGUGCAUUGACGUUGAAGAAGAGAAGCAAAAGCAUUUGUUUCAUUAUUAAGCCCCCUCGGCCCUUAUUUAAAAAAAAAAAUAAUCGGAAAGAGGAGGGUAGUUUCAAAAGGGCUGUUUGCCGGUUUUGUCUGAUAACAGAUUUGGUACGUAAAAUAGGGGUAAGCGACUUGGUGAUCUCUGUGAAACUAUCUAAUCGAAAGUUGGGGUGUUCACAGUGGCAAAACGGGACGACAGUCAGGCGAAGAAAUCACAGGGAGAGAGGGUCCUGUCCGCAUUGUCAAACGCAUCAACUCGCCUGUUUGCCGAGUCAAAUACAAGACUGGUGGUCGGACAGCGGCCUUCCAUUGUCAAACUCUCUCCCUGUGCUUUAUUAGGGAGAACUGGAAAAAGUGAUUAAUUUCGCAAGAAGAACAGCGUUUGGACUAUAAUGCUGGGAAAAACUAGAGCUUACCAACGCCAUAUCUAUUUAGCUACAUGGUGAAAUUUUUAAAGAAUUAGAAUGAAUAAUGAGAGACGUGGGUAGCAGGUCAAGACAUUUUUUGUACAGAAUUUGAAAUACAUUAUAAAAGUUUUGCUUUGAGCAGAAAUGUUUUGAAGCUAAAGGCUUCAACAUAAGCAUCAAUAAUAACAGAGUAUUUAAAUUUAUAUUGACUCACAAUAUUUGUAAUAUAAAGUGGAUUUUGUAAAGAUACAUGAUUGUAAGGACUUACUUAUGUUUCUAGCCUUCUUCCCAGCUACUGUUAAGUAAAGUUUCAUUGCAAAUCGCUUAAUAGUCGUCGAUGAAUAACCAUGCAUUGUCUGUGUUAGAGCGGCUUGCCGCAAAA